UGCUGUCUGAUGCCGUCGGCUCGUGCGUGCGGAUGACACACGGAUGAGAGCCGGAGUGUGUGCGCGUGUGUUUCUGGAGGGAGACCCCCGACCCGCCGCGGGGAGAGCGAGAGGUCUGCCGUAUCCGUGACGACGAGGAUGGGCUGCAAUCUGUGUAGUUUACAGAAGAGAGAGGAGCAUUACAAACUACUGUAUGAGAUCUCACAGGUGAAUGGCAGGGAUCUCUCGAGAGCGAGUCAUGAAGAGGCGGUCGAGGCUUUCCGCAGCGCUAAAGACCCCAUCGUGGUUCAGGUGCUCCGCCGGACCCCUCUGCCCCGAGGUCAAGCCCAGGACGUCCAGGUGGUGGACGUGUGCACACAAACCGAAAUCACCUUCGAGCACAUCAUGGCUCUGGCCAAACUCCGUCCUACAACACCGCCUGUGCCGGAUAUCUGUCCCUUUCUCCUGUCAGACAGUUGUCACUCUCUGCAUUCUGUGGACCAGGAGAACUUUGAGGAUGGCCAGUAUCUCAACACCAUGAUGGCAGACGGAGAGAGACCUGAUGACUUUGAGUAUGAGGAGGUGGAACUGUGUCGAAUGAACAGCGAGGAGAAGCUCGGCCUCACGCUGUGUUACAGAACGGAUGAUGAAGAAGAUAUCGCUAUAUACGUCAGUGAGAUCGAACCGAACAGCAUCGCCGCCCGAGACGGUCGCAUCCGAGAAGGCGACCGUAUUUUACAGAUUAAUGGGCGGGACGUUCAGGACAAACAGGAAUCUGUGGCCGUUUUGUCAAAUGAAGAAUGCAGAAAUAUUGUGCUGCUAGUGUGCAGGCCUGAAAUACAAGAGGAGCCGUGGCUGGAUGAUGAACACAGCGAGUUCUUAGAAGAGCUGAAGAUGGAGAUGCUGGAAGAACAGAGACGAGAAGAAGAGGAGAUGGACAGAGCCGCAAGAGAAGAAGAAGAGAAGGCCGCAAGAAUCAAAGAAGACAUCACAGCCUCCUGUUCUUACAAUCAGACCAGUCAGAAAGACGGCUCCGAAAAGAACUUUCUUGCCCAAAUCCAGAAGCGUCUGUCGAGGUGUCUACGGCAGCGACGCGAGGCUGCGGGUCAAAGCCGUGACGGUUCCGUGUCGGGACGGGUCUCCGGUGAGGGAGUGGAAGACGAAGUCGCUGAUGGAGAUUGUUAUCAGCAGCUCCUCGAGCUCAAGUGUCAAAUCCGCAACAGCGGCGAGUACGACCUCUUCUACAGCCGCAGCAGCACCAUCGAAUGCAGCCUGCGGGAGCAGAGCGGCGGCGUUCAACACGAGCUGCGUCUGCUCAACGAGGAACUGCGCAGCAUCGAGCUGGAAUGCCAGAACAUCAUGCAAGCGCAUCAACUGCGUACGCAAAACCAAGGUCCCCGAAGCCCUAGGCACGCCGGGAAGCUGGCGGACAUCAGCGAGCACCCGGAGAAGUCGGACAAGGACAGUUCGAGCGCGUACAAUACGGCGGAGAGCUCCCGCAGCACUCCGCUGGCCAUGGACCGCUCUCCAGAACAUUCCGUGCAGAGGAUGAUCACUUCGACCAACCAGAAGAACCUCAAGAGUAGUUUCCUCGCCGGACGCGGUUUGCCCCCCUGUCCGCCGGUCAGGAGAGCGCCGAGCGGCAGUCCGGAUCACAGCAACCCCUCAGAGUCCGACCAAACUCCUCCUGCGGACGACGAGAGGAGCCUUCGCUCGUGCAUCCCGCGCCACCAGCAAACGGACCACGCCCGACAUUACCAGAGUGUCGUGCACCUGAUCCAACAACAGUCCGCUGUAGAGUAUGCCCACAGUCUGCUGAGCGGUCCGCAGGCCCCCCUGCCGUCCGAACCCAAGAUGGAGUGGAAGGUCAAGUUGAGAAGCGAUGGCACGAGAUACAUCACCAAGCGGCCGGUCCGAGACCGACUGCUCCGCGAGCGAGCCCUCAAAAUCAAGGAGGAGCGCAGCGGAGGUAUGACGACGGAUGACGACGCCAUGAGCGAGAUGAAAAUGGGACGCUACUGGAGCAAAGAGGAGCGGAAACAGCAGCUCCUGCGGGCUAAAGAGCAGCGCCGGCGACGGGAGUUCAUGCAGCGGAGUCGACUGGAGUGUCUGCGGGAGAAUCCUCAGAGCGGCGGCGAGGGCCGUAAGGAGGUCAGCAUCAUCGAACUCAGCCAUCGUAAGAUGAUGAAAAAACGCAACAAGAAGAUUCUGGACAACUGGAUGACCAUUCAGGAACUGAUGACGCACGGCGCCAAAGCGCCAGAAGCUUCCAAAGUCCAUAACGCCUUUCUUUCCGUUACAACUGUAUAGAUUUUCGCGAACAUUCUUGUACUUUACCCCAUGUGGUACGAUCUACUCUUGCCUCGUUCAAUGCGGCGAUUUUUAUGAGAAAAAAACAAGAAUAUUUUUCACACUUUGUUACUGGAUAAAUGUUUUGUAUGCAAAUGUCAGUUUUUAUGAUUUGUUUUUUUGUUUUGUUACAAUAACAAAAACGUACUUGAAGGAACAUUUCAAACAUAGGAAACAUACUCGCCUUCAUGUUAUGUCAAACUUGUAUGACUCUUUAUUUUGUCGUCAUCUGAAUAUUCACCCAAAAACAAAAAAUCUUUUUUUCAUCCUCGUGUGUUUGUAAACCUGUAUAUGACUCUUUCUUAAGUGAAACCCAAAAGAAGAUAUUUUGAGAAAUGUCUCAGUGACUUCGUGGAAGUCAAUAAAGACCAAUGUUGUUUGGUUACCAACGUUCUUCAAAAUGUCUGAAGAAAGAAACUCAUACAGGUUGGGAAUGACAUGACAAAAUAGGUUCGUUUUUGGGUGAACUAUCCCUUUAAAAACCUAAACAUGUCAGCUGGAGGCUAAAGGACCUGCUUGAAAUCAAACAAAUCAAUGUUAUUUGGUCAUGAGAUUUCUUGUUCACGUCCAAAGCAACAGGCAGGAUAUUAAAAUUUUACCUUUUGUGUUUCACUAAAGAAUGAAAGUCAUGUUUCAGAGUGACAUGAGGGUGAUGAAGACAAGAAUGUUGAGGUUGAAGGAUUCCUUUAAUGUUUUGUGUUUGUCAUCCAGGAUCAGAUUGACAACGUUCUGAACAGUGUUUACAUCAGCAAAAUGUGAACGAUUGUGCCCUUGCCUUUAACUCUGUCUGAAAACAUCUCCAAACACUCGCAGGAUCAGCUCACGACAGCAGAUGAGCCAUGUAGCUGUAGAUAACUGGACCAGCUCUACCUCAACCUCCAGCAGACAAUGAGCAACAUACUGAAGUCACCUGUAAACACACAUCACUCAGUAUUCAGCGUACGCAAAAGAUUCAAACAACAUUUCUCAUUUCAGUCUUGUGACCAGCAGUCGAACACACGUUUUAUAAAAUAAGUAUUGAUACUAUAACAGUGUUAAUCCGUCCAUUUUAAAGUGCAGGACUUCAAUCUACACUAGUGUUGAAGUCUUAAAAGAGAAAUCAGUUUACAGACAAAUACCAGCAUGAAUCUGCUCUGAUAAAAUAUGCCGCAAACACUAACAGGGGCAUUGGGAUUCUGUGUUCAGUUUUUAGAAAUUCUGGAUUGAGUAUUAUUAAUGUUCUCUGUUUUCAACAGAUACAUUUCAUACACACUUUCUAAAGAAAACAAGUUUAGUCAGAUUUAGUUUUUGCUGGAUUAGCCUAUUUAUUUUUCUGGUGCGAAAUUUGUACAUUCGAAUUGUAUUGUAUUUGAAUUCUGUACUUAUUCUGGCUAAAUGUUAUUAGUCUUAUUUAAAUAGUAGUCUUCUCUUCUGGCCAGGUGAAUGUGUGGUCAUUGUGAUAUUUUGACAUUUAAUAAAAUUUUUCUUCAGAACGUGUCGUUAAUCUAUCAGCACAUGAACCUUUGCUUGACAUUAAUGAAAACUGACAGAGUCGUUUUUUAUAAUAACCUGACUGAACUUUGCUGUCA